GCACGUGUGGAUAUUAUCCUACACAAAGGGAAACAAUAUCACAAAGUCCGGCGAACAAAAGGUCCUGAUUCCUGAUGUGGCGGAAUGGUCGUCUGCUGACAAUAUGAAGCAAUAUGUAUCCACAUAUCCACGGAUGUAGAUAAACGCAGGUUGUUAAUGAAAGUUGUGAUAAUUUACAACAUGAUAAAGUGUUGUAGAGUGGCGAGGUAGAGAUUAGGACUGAUAGCUCGCAGACAGGGAGGCAGAGGUGACAGACAGGGGAGACACGAGACAUCGGCAUGUAUAUACCUCUGAUGGCAAAGCGGCGAAGGUGAAAGAAAUAAUCAACACCACGCCAUGAGUCUGGAGCAGGGAAUUGCGGCUGGUGUGUCGGGCGGCAAAAGCGAUCCGCCGGAAAGUGACCUGGCCUAUUACUCCCAACCUGAGAAUUACACCGGCACUAAUUUUCAAGCCUUGCAGAGGUUCGUCCACGCCAAAUCGAAAGAAGAAAGGUCCGAUCGCGAUGAUGGAAAGAAAAAGAAGAGGAAAAAAGGGGUGUUUUGUCUGUUUCGUCGUUAUAGACACCUCCUUCCUAAAGAACUGGAUGAUCUUGCAGACGAAUCCUCUUCGUCGGAGGAGGAGGAAGAAGCAAAAGACGUCACUAAAGAGGGCGAGGGCAAAGAUGAGGAGAAGAAGGAGGAGAAGAGGGAGGAGAAGAAGGAGGAGGAGCAGCCUCAGAGUCGACCCACCUCGGCUCUCUUGUCCCCAGAUCUCGUGAGUGUGACCAUUCAUGAAGAACCGUCAGCCGAGAUGCGGGAGACAAUUUCUCCGUUGUCGUCUGCCAAGGUCCGUCCUGCCGUUGAUGUGCCGAGUCCGAGCGGGACCUCAAUGGACAGUGACAGCCCCGACUCUAUCGGCGUCUCCGCCGACUACAGCCGCAUCAGUGUCAACAAGAAGAGGAGCGCCGUCCUCGCUGGCCAUCGCCCGUCGACUGCUCUCAUGCGGGCCAAUGCGAACAAAAUGGCGAAGGAAGUCCGAGCGAAGAUGGUGAGGGACAAAUUCAUCAAGGCGGUGAAGUUGAUGAUGAUCAUGCGCAACAUAGCAUCCAUGAUAUCACAGAAGGCUGGUGAGGGGGGACGUCCGCAGACGUUUACCGACAUGGCGGGCGAGAGCGACGACAGCAACAUGAAGAACUCCGGCCUGUCCUUCGACCCCUCCUACUUCAAGGCUAGGAAGGAGAUCUCCAUCAGCAACGAGGUGAAACACAUCCUCAGUCUCCCGUCAGAUGAGCGUUCCUCGGAGCAGGUUCAGACGGCGAUGUUCGGGCUCCAGAGUCUUCGGUCCUUCGCUGAAUACCCCCUCCACAUGCAGGAGAAGCUGGCCAAGGUGGCGUGGUAUGAAGUAAUCCCACCAAAGAGGAUCAUCAUCCGUCAAGGUCACUACGCUGAAAACUUCUACUUCAUAUUAUCCGGCCAAGGUGAGGGUCACGUCCUCAUUAAUACUGUUGUCCUCUGAACUGAUUCCAUUACCA